CCCCUCCCCCCCCCCCCCAUAUCCCACAUCAUGGCUGCUCCCGCCCACACGUUCAAGGUCGCCGACCUGUCCCUUGCCGCCUUUGGCCGUAAGGAGAUCGAGCUCGCCGAGAAUGAGAUGCCUGGUCUGAUGCAGAUCCGGGCCAAGUAUGCCGUCGACCAGCCUCUCGCGGGCGCUCGUAUCGCCGGCUGCCUGCACAUGACCAUCCAGACUGCCGUCCUCAUCGAGACCCUGACCUCGCUCGGCGCCGAAGUCACCUGGACUUCGUGCAACAUCUUCUCCACCCAGGACCACGCCGCUGCUGCCAUCGCCGCUGCCGGUGUCCCCGUCUUUGCCUGGAAGGGCGAGACCGAGGAGGAGUACAACUGGUGCCUCGAGCAGCAGCUGAACGCCUUCAAGGACGGAAAGAAGCUGAACCUCAUCCUCGACGACGGCGGUGACCUGACCUCGCUCGUCCACAGCAAAUACCCCGAGAUGCUCGCGGACUGCUACGGCGUCUCCGAGGAGACCACCACCGGCGUCCACCACCUCUACCGCAUGCUCAAGGAUGGCAAGCUCCUCGUGCCCUCCAUCAACGUCAAUGACUCGGUCACCAAGUCCAAGUUCGACAACCUCUACGGCUGCCGCGAGUCCCUCAUCGACGGCAUCAAGCGCGCGACCGACGUCAUGGUUGCCGGCAAGAUCGCCGUCGUUGCCGGUUUCGGUGACGUCGGCAAGGGCUGCGCCAUGGCCCUGGCCACCAUGGGCGCCCGCGUCCUCGUCACCGAGAUUGACCCCAUCAACGCCCUCCAGGCCGCCAUGGCCGGCUACCAGGUCACCACCAUGGAGAAGGCCGCCAAGGUCGGCCAGAUCUUCGUCACCACCACCGGCUGCCGUGACAUUUUGACUGGCGAGCACUUUGAGGCCAUGCCCAACGAUGCCAUUGUCUGCAACAUUGGCCACUUCGACAUUGAAAUCGAUGUCGCCUGGCUCAAGGCCAACGCCCAGAGCGUCCAGAACAUCAAGCCCCAGGUCGACCGCUUCCUGAUGAAGAACGGCCGCCACAUCAUCCUCCUGGCCGAGGGCCGUCUCGUCAACCUUGGCUGCGCCACCGGCCACUCCUCCUUCGUCAUGUCUUGCUCCUUCACCAACCAGGUCCUCGCCCAGAUCAUGCUCUACAAGGCCAACGACGAGGCCUGGGGCAAGAAGUACGUCGAGUUCGGCAAGACCGCCAAGCUCGAUGUCGGCGUCUACGUCCUGCCCAAGAUCCUCGACGAGGAGGUCGCCCGUCUGCACCUUGCUCACGUCAACGUCGAGCUCACCCAGCUCACCAACGUCCAGGCCGACUAUCUCGGUCUGACCGUCGAGGGUCCCUUCAAGAGCGAUAUCUACCGCUACUAAGCGAAAACCCCUUCGUAGCACCAAACAAAACCCCUCAGAACGUCCUUCUUCAACACCUCCUACUAAUGACUUCAACGACUUUACACGGCUCGUGGCACCACGAACUGGGAAAGAGGCAAUCUGUGUUCUCAACACCAUGAACUUGCAUGACAGCACGCACAACCGAUCUGGGAAAAAGGAAGGCAAAGAGGGUUUAUUUCCUCAGGGCAGGGUAAGGGCAUCUUCUUUUUUUUUUUUGUUCAGGGAUGGGCAUUUAAAACGCGGUUUAGCUGCGCCGGGCAGCGAAGGUCUGUUUUUUUCAACAAAAAAACGGCGUUGGCUUGGCGAAGAAACAAA